CCAAACGCAACACUUUCCAUAAUACAUAAAAUCCUAUAUACAGUAGAGCUUCGCAGUUUCGGACCUGUUUCUUAGUUUCCCAGGUCCAGAGUUUGCCUUCCUAAAAUACGUCAACAUUAAACAUCAACAUUAAACAUUGUUGUUGCCACUGAACUCGCAUUGAACCAGGGAACGUGGCUCGGCGAAGCAAAGGAAUGAAGAAUCCCUAUCGCCUCGACCCCGACGACGCUGAAUUUAGCUUUGGUGAAACUAACACGACACGUCCGUGGAAGAAGGUUGCGUUAGCAAUCGGGCUGCUGGUUGUUGGCACCGUCCUUCUGAGCGUCGGUCUUGGUCUGUACCUGUCGGGGAAGCAGGAGCAGGGCGGCCUGCCGCUCAUCAUCCUGGGAUCCAUCACCUUCAUCCCGGGCUCCUACCACACGCGCAUCGCGUAUCUGGCCUGGAAGGGGCGGAACGGCUACAGCCUGAACCAGAUCCCCGACUUUUGAGUGCGGCAGUAGCAAGCUGCCGGGGCGGCAGUAGCAGUAACGGAGACGGGCUGGCCUGGGCAUGCCGCAGCGGCUGCCGCUGCCGCAGCCGCAGCGGUGCCUGCAGACACAGCAGGGCUGGCGAAAUGUAAAAGGUCGUCGGCACAUGUUCGUUGUCUAUGCCGGCCUUUGCGUAGUCAGGAGCAGCUUUACCAGCGAUGCGCAUGCAGCGUUGAUACAAUGUGGGCGGUGAGGCGGAAGCAACGAUGUGCGCCUGUGAUAUGUGCCUGGUUUAGGGUGUUGUGAACGAUGGUAGGAUGGAUGUGCCGUGGCCGUGACAGUGCUGCGCUGUAAACGGCGCCGGCGCUGCAAGCCAGCAGGUCAUCAGGCUGCCCAUGCUGCGGGACCGGCUUGCGGCAAGUCUAGGCCUCGGCACGCGGCGAGGUGCGGUUGGCUGCGCGUCUGGUUGUGGCCAUGCAUCACACUCCCGAGUGUGCGGCGUCGUGCGCGCCGAGUGCCGCGAGGCGUGGAGCCACAUGAACGGUGAAGGUUGGGGGUGUGGGUGCGAAGGUCUGGCCGAAGCGCCCUGUCUAGCCGAUGUUGCCGCGUUCGAUGGUGCUCCGGAUGCCUCAUACCCUGAUGGCUGGUGGCCAAGGGUUGUUGAUGCGGUGAUUGGGGAUGACGCGACAUUAUAUAAACGGACACUCCAAGCAAUAAAGGCACACCGCACCAAUGCCAAGGGAUGAAUUACGGCCGCACUGAUGCUUCCACUUGAUGACACGCGUGGGAGUCGACGAAACCGACUGGAGCAUAUACCUAGAGCACGGACUGACGCGGACCAGGGUGUGGUCGGCCGCCGCUUGCAGCGUAGUGCUAGCCCGUAUGGACGAUAUGAUAGUGGUGCUGCAAGAGCGUAAUGGAUUUGUUUGUACUGUCAGGGCCUGCAAGCGCCGUGGGGAGGGGGGGGGCCACGCGGGCGUGAGGGAGCUUGUGAAUCCAUCCUCCCU